AGUGGGAAAACACUACAUAUGUCGACACCAAAGACCAAGAAGAUAACAUACUAUAAGAAAACAUAGCCUGAUACAACCAGACGAGCGACCGGAACAUGUCAAUUCCUACGCAUUUCCUCACUAUCCUUGUGGCCGUCCUCGCCGGUCGAGCAAGCUGCAGUGCUUCGCUCUGGCAGCCAGAGAACCAGGCUGCGCUGUUCAUUUUCGGGGACUCUCUGUUUGAUUGUGGAAACAAUAAUUUCAUCAACACUACAUCACGGUUCCGGGCAAAUGUCUAUCCAUACGGAGAGAGUUUCUUCAAGCAUCCAACUGGAAGAUUUUCCGAUGGCCUAAUCAUGCCUGAUUUUAUAGCUAAAUAUGCAGGACUUCCAUUGAUUCCGCCAUACCUGAAGCCAGGAAAGUACCAGUUUAUGGGAGGGGCAAACUUCGCAUCUGCCGGAGCGGGUGCUCUUGCAGAAACAUUUCCUGGAUUUGUGGUUGACCUGAUGUUGCAGCUAAGGCAAUUCGAGCAUAUGGAGGAGCAGUUGAAGGAGAAUUUUGGGCAUGAAAUGGCUGAGAAAAUACUGUCGAAGGCAGUUUAUCUGAUCAGCAUCGGAAGCAACGACUACGCCUUCCCUUUCGUCGCGAACUCCGCUCUGUUCCAGUCCCAUUCUCACGAACAGUACAUGGCAAUGGUGAUUGGGAAUCUUACGUCAGUGAUCAAAGGAAUACAUAGCAAAGGAGGAAGAAAAUUCGGAUUCCUCAACUUAGGGCCAAUCGGUUGCCUUCCGGAUAUGAGAUCCCUGGCAGGAACUACUGGUUCUUGCUUAAAGGAACUCAACGAGCUAUCGAAGCUCCACAAUGGUGCUCUUAGCAGAGCCCUCCUAAGGAGCGAGCUAGACGAAUUCAAGUACUCUAAUUUCAACUUUUUUGAUGUUCUCAGGGAAAAGAUCAACAACCCUUCCAAAUACGGUUUCAAGGAAGGUAAGGAGGCAUGCUGUGGGUCAGGUCCCUACAGAGGGAGGUCAAGCUGUGGAGGGAGAAAUGGGGAGACGGAGUAUGAACUGUGUGCCAAUCCCUCUGAGUAUGUCUUCUUUGAUGCGGGUCAUCCUUCAGAGAAGGUCAACAAGCAAGUUGCUGAGCUGAUGUGGAGCGGAAGCACCGAAGUAAUUGGGCCGUACAAUCUGGAAGCGCUUUUUAAGCUUAAGUAGACAAAAGAAGUACGUAUUUGUUUUGGUAAGUUGAGAGUCCUAAUCCGACUUACAUUGAAUUGAAUAGUGGAACAAGUCGAUGUACUAGUGAAGAUGUUGGUCAAGUUUUUCAUUUUUAUGAAUAAUGAAGACAUGGAUGUCGAUUGAUCAAUUUGUCAACUAAGUGAUGGAUUCACCAUUGCUUAAGUACUCUUUGUUUGAAAAGGAUCAGUACUAUUGAGGAUUUACUGAGAUAGUCCAUGCUAUCGUUGCUCGAUUCAA